AUGCUCUCACGUGUUGCUGCAGUGAAGGCACCCCGCACACACAACCGUCGCCGCGUGACCGAAUCUAGCGGGAGGAGGAGGGAAGGAGGAGAGAGUGAGCCGCAGAGGCCCAACAUGUCCCGGCAUCUCUUCUACUCUGCGGUGCUCCUCCUCGUCGUGAUGGUGUGCUGCGGCAGUGGUGCUGCGGGAGUUGCGGAGGAGCCAGCUGUAUCAACGUUUAAAUGGAGGGGCAUCAAUGAGGGUGGAGGUGAAACUGUGGACUCGUUGGGUGCUCCCAGCCUUCUAAAAGUGGGGAGUGACGUAUUUGCCGUUGCCGAGGCGCAGUGCAAAAAGAACGGUGGUGUCGAUUUUACUGGCGUUGCAUCUCAACCUCUCACGACAGAAGCUGCUAAGACACCGGUGGAAGUUCUGGAGAAACCCAAAGAUUGGACAAAAGUACUGGAGGAAGGUGCUUCCGAUGACGCAAAGACGAAAGUGGAUGUGAGCCGACCAACAACAGUUUUGAAGGGAAGUGAUAUUUACAUGCUUGUUGGACAGUGCGGCAGUAAAGAAUCUCCGAACAGUGGUGCAGGCGGCUGUGAACUUUUGCUGGUGAAAGGGAGCGUCAGUGGUGGUGAGGGUGCAAAUAAUAAAAAAAUUGACUGGGAAGAUCCUGAAAAUUCCCCGCAAAGAAUUUUUGACAAACAGCCCGAUUCCUGGACAAGGCUGGUUGGAAGCGGUGGAUCGGGUGUUGAGAUGAAGGAUGAGACUCUUGUAUUCCCUGUGGAAGGCACGAAGAAGGCGGCGGAGGGCACUGUAGUGGAUGUGAAGACUGUCUCACUGAUCAUACACUCGAAGGAUACUACGAAUUGGACGCUGUCGAAGGGGAUGUCUGACGGUGGCUGCAGCGAUCCCUCCGUCGUGGAGUGGGAGAAGGGAAAACUCAUGAUGAUGACUGCGUGCGCUGGUGGCCGCCGCAGGGUGUACGAGUCCGGUGACAAGGGGGAUUCGUGGACGGAGGCACUCGGGACACUCUCGCGCGUGUGGGGCAACAACAAAAAGGACGGACAAGCGACGGCCGUUAGAAGCGGGUUCAUCACAGCGACGAUUGACGGUGUUGAUGAUAAAAAAGUGAUGCUCGUUACUCUGCCGGUGUAUGCCGAGAAGGACAAAGAAAAGGGCAAACUCCAUCUUUGGCUGACGGACAAUACGCACAUUGUUGAUAUUGGGCCGGUAUCCGGUGAAGAUGAUGACGCUGCCGCCAGCUCCCUGUUGUACAACAGUGGUAAAACUGAUGAUAAUGAUGAGGAGUUGAUUGCACUGUACGAGAAGAAGAAGGAUGUGAAACCACCACCCGGUAUGGUCUCUGUGCUUUUGACUGAGCAGCUGAAGCGUGUGAAGGAUGUGCUGACGACCUGGAAGGAGGUGGACGGCCGUGUCUCCCAGCUGUGCACCUCAUUAAGUUCUGAGAAGGAGCGUGCCUCAACUGACGAUUUCUGCGGCGCUGUUAAGAUCACGGCUGGGCUGGUUGGCUUUUUGUCCGGCAACCUCUCUGGGAACACAUGGAGGGACGAGUACCUCGGCGUGAACGCCACAGUAAAUAAUAAAGCUGGGGAAGCAGCGUCAGCAGUGACCAGCACGAAAAAUGGCGUGAAGUUCACUGGGCGUGGUGCAGGGGCGGAGUGGCCUGUUGGCAAGCAGGGGGAGAAUCAGCUGUACCACUUUGCGAACUACAACUUCACUCUUGUGGCGACGGUGUCCAUCCACAAAAUGCCGCAGGAGGGAGAUACCCCUGUUCCUUUGAUGGGUGUGAAGAUGAAGAAUGCAGGGAAUUCUGUACUGCUGGGACUGUCGUACGACAGCGGAAAGAAGUGGCAUGUGCUGUGCGGUGACAAAACGACGACGAAGCUCAGCAGCACGUGGGAGACGGGGACACCUCAACACGUAGUCAUUUUGUUGAAGAACGGCACCCAGGGCUCCGUGUAUGUCGAUGGUCAGCGAGUGGGUGGGAAUGGAGAAUGUGCAUUGGGCAAUGAUGAGUCGAAAGAGAUCUCCCACUUCUACAUUGGAGGGGAUGGAGAAAACGCAGACAAAGAAGGCGUGUCUGUGACUGUGACGAACGUCCUGCUGUACAACCGCCCGUUGGAUGAAGCGGAGAUGGCCGCCUUCAACCCGAAUAAAGCUCCUACUCCAUCUCUGGUGGACGGGUCUGUUGAAGGAGGCGCGAUUCAGUUUUCUGGUGGCGGACGACCGGAGGAACAGAGACAGUCGUUGGGGAGCAGUGGUGUGAACGGUGUAUCCGCACCAACAGUGUCCAGUGCCAAGACUUCCUCAGGAGGAGAGGGGUCCGCAACCCAGUUGGUGUCAGAAAAAUCUUCCGAUGGACAUAAAAAUGUGGAUGGCGGUUUUUUUUCUGAUGGCGAGCCAACGGUGGAGACAAGAGAAGGAGGAACGAAUGGGCGAGAGGAGGAGAUCCACGCACAGAACGGGGACGUAAAGGCUGCGGCCCUCAGCAACAGUCUCGGGAAUGUGUCGCAGGGGAAUAACAGCGAUGCCGGCACCAAACGUGGGAGCGGACUGCUACCAUCGCUGCUUCUGCUGUUGGGACUGUGGGGGUUUGCGGCUCUGUGA